AUGUAUUUCAACUCCCCACCACUUCCUCCAGUGCUCCCCAGUGCCGGUGCCUCUAGCUUCGGCAAUCAUGACGAGCCAAGCGUUCCCCCAUCAGCACCCGGGCCAGGUGAGCCGUUACAGAUUCCAGUUCCACUAAUUCCGCUGGUGCGCAGUCUUCGUGGCGGAGCGUGGCUUACCACUUUCCGCCCGUCCAACUUUCUAAUUACCGCCUACGACGGCACGAUUCGUGUGGAAGUGCACCCUGCGAGCGCCGGUGGCGGUCGAACGGCAAGUGGCGACCUCUACCAGCGUCCAAUCCGCAUCCUGCCACUGCCGGUCCGUGUACCUCUGCUCGGUCAUGGUCCGCGCCCGCAAGCAGGAAUCCCCGUGCAGUCAAUCACCAGGUACAGGUACUACCUGAGCAUCACCAAGAUACUGGAAGGUGUGACUCUCGGCACCAAUUUCGAGCUGGAAUUUGAGCGCUGGAAGUACAUGCCGCCAGCUGUCCUGGGAGGGACUGGUAAAUGGGCGAAUGAAGGCUCUUUCAAGGCCACGAUGACGUGGGCCACUCCACCCGCCGGAUAUCCAAGUGCACGUGACUACCUGACUGGAGAUGUGAAGAAUUCCGCUGGCGUUGUCGUUGGCAGCCUCACCAUGGGAUGGAUUUCAAGCUUCCUACGCAAAGCAACCAUCGAAAUUGAAAGCGUGACUGGUGCUGAACGCCCGCUGAACAAUGGUCUCACCGGGGUCAGUCAACUCGACUGGAAGAAAGUGUUUGACAACGUCUCUUGGGACUUUACUGUUGUAAACAGCCAAAGCCACAUCACUGAGCACUCAGGCGAUAGUUGGACUGACGCCGAGUUACACGCCGGCAUGCUCCGUUGGCGUGACUUGGCCAACCUGGAUACUGAAUGGCGAUUUCAUCUGCUGUGUGUGAAGACGAUCGACAGCACAGCACGCGGUAUUAUGUACGAUGCAUAUGGCACAGACAGUAACAACAUUCCUCGCGAAGGUGCAGCAGUUGCCACUUCCUGGAUAAUUGCACCCGGUUGGGGUCGCGUCAGCGGCCGGCGAUUUGGCGCGGUACCGGAGGCAUAUUUUCGCGCUGCUGUGCAUGAGAUUGGGCAUGCCUUGAGCUUGGAGCACAAUCUUAACAACCAGCACUUCAUGGACACGAGCAACAUCAUCGCAGCGGCUGGGCAGACCACCCCGCCUCCAUUCCCUGACAACAUCAAAUGGAGCUUUGCCGACGACGAUAUUCGCCGCUUGAAGCAUUGGCCAGAUAUAUUUGUCCGGCCGGGUGGCUCUCCAUUUGGCUCUUCCCAUGCUACGCCAUCAGUAUCUCCGCCAGACAACGCGAUUGAUAUUCCAGACGUUGAGCUUUCCGUGACUCCUACUAUCUCUGAGGUCCCUCUGGGCGCCCCAGUACGUCUUGAGCUCAAGCUUCGCAACACUUCCGGGGAAGGCGGUUUCCCAAUACAAGUGCCCGCAGACAUUGGUCUCCGCUCUGGUUUCAUACAAGGUACAGUGAUAACUCCCGCUGGCGUCUCCAAGACCUUCAGUUCCAUCUUUAUCAACGACGACAGUGCCUAUAAAGUUCUAGCGCCAGGAGAGGAGACCAUAGCCUCCACUACCCUUCUGCGUGGUGCUGAAGGCGCCUUAUUCGCCUCGACCGGCUUGUACAAUGUCAGUGUCGAGGUCAAAUGGGACGUGGAAGAGGCUGUUGCCCGUUUCGUUGGUUACACAACAGUGCUAGUGACGGGACCGAAGGAUGCGAGCCAUGCUGCUGCAGCUCAUAAGCUACUGGCUUGCCCAGACGCCCAUCUUGUGUUAGUCUUGGGGGGAGAUCAUCUUAAGGAUGGUAUAUCAGCGAUACAAGCGGCAUUGAAGGAUGAUACGCUUCGGCCUCAUUAUGCGGUUGUUGAGGCAAGGAGACUGGCAACGCGUUUCGAGGACCGGAAGCCAGAUAUCGACGCUGCAAAGAAGCUGGUUGAAGGCAACAUUGUUGUCACCAAAUCGGAGAACCAGAAGCUGCAGGCUUGGUUUAAAUAG